AUGUGCAAGCUAAGAAUCUCGAUGAAGGCGCUUCGACCGUGCACGCUAGGAGUGCGAAAUUACACUCAGCAACCUGUGCAUCUCGUGGGAGAGGUGAAAACGCAGGUCAAGUAUGAUGGCAGAGAAGCUCAGCUUCCUUUACUCGUCACGAAAAGGGCCGAAAUUAACUUUUUGGAACAAGACUGGUUCCAACCGUUAGGCGGUCACAACCAGCACGCCGACCGGUUCUUCAUCACCAAAGGCACUCAGCAGACGUUCGAGGACGCAAGAAAGACGUGCGGUGAAGGCAAAUACCUUUUGAAUCUCGAUGGGACCAUGAACGUGGAUCACAUACGAGCUUCUCUGCAAGACGUUGGCGAGCACGUGAGCGUCGCCCUCCGCACGAACCGACCUCCCAUCCUGCAGAGCUACCAGCUGCCGGACCUGACGCUGACCUGCAGGGCCGCUUUCACAAAUGGCAGCGCUUUCAUGGAAGCGAUCCGAGGAAGCUACGCCUACGCCUACGUGUGGACUAAGAACGACGUGUACCUGAACGAGUCGUUCCGUUCCAUCCAACCAGAGAAGGUGAUCGAAAGAACCACCUUCUCGCACUCGUACGCGUCCAGUCAGGGUCACUACCGCUGCGGUCUCAAGGCGUUGCCCUCCGGAAGCACAGUUUGGUCGAACACGGUUACCGUGGUACUUGAAGGAAACGCCUGGCUACGAGUGCAGAUGACGCAGGAGGAACAGAGGGCGACAUUUCAGUGCUUCGUGUCACCCGAAAUUCUUCCCGAUUCCAUUGUGUGGUACAAGGACGGCUUGGGCGUGAAAGGAAACCGACUGCAAACAGGGCUUGACGACGCAGUUCUGAUGGAGGUCGCCCAAGACGUCGUCACCGCCCUUGACAACGUGCUGAAUGCGGAAGAAUCCACUUUGUACCUAUCGCGAUCUGCAAAUUCAACAAACCGAAUUUUAGGUGCCAUGGAACAGGUGUCCCGUCGCUUGGACAGCGACACAGUCGUGUUUCAACGGUCUGUCGCACUUGGGAAGAUCUCCAAAUUUCAAGAGUCAACUUUGGGCGUCGCCAUCCAUUUGGAUUUGGAACAAAGAUACAACUUUGUGGACACUCGGAAUCUUACCCAGGGAACAGACGUGGCCUUUGUUUUCUCCAAGAGCAACCAGUUGCAUUUGGACCGCGAGCUGAACAUAGGGGUCAUGGGAGCGAGCUCACUCUUCGAAGAUUCCUUCCAACCGACGGACGACGAGUCUUCUGAACUGGUUUUUGAGAUCUGCAGCUCUGUCCUGCUGGCUAAUUAUGAAAACGAGGAAGUCGAUAAUGUUCGGGAGCCCUUCAGCAUAUACUUCAAGCAGUCCUGCGAUGUAAUGCCGGUGGAAGUUGAGUGCGUGUUCUGGGAUCCGAGCGAAAACCAUGACCUUGGUGCAUGGUCUACCGCUGGGUGCGAAUACAUCGGAUUAGAACGGGAAUAUCAUGUCUGCAACUGUUCCCAUCUGACAAGUUUUGCUGUGCUAUUCAGGCAUAACGACAGGAGCCGGACAAGUCCACAUGAUCACAUUCUCAGCUACCUUACGUUCAUCGGCAUUGCCCUGUCAGCUCUCGGUCUUCUCAUGGUGGUUUUCACCUAUAUUUGUCACAAGCGGUGGCGCAAAGGAGUUGGUCACCAAAUCCUUAUGCACCUGUCGGUGGCCCUGCUGGGGGCUCUGGGAGCGUACUUGGCCUUGGUGACGGUACCUGUGCCUCGAACGGGGCCCGCGCUGUGCGCAUGCAUCGGGGGACUGCUCCACUAUCUGCUCCUGGUCAGCUUCUGCUGGACGUUCGUGGAGGCACUGCUGCAGUACCUCCGCUUCGUCAAGGUUCUGGGGACGUACGUUCCUAACCUGGUGCUGAAGGCGGCCCUUGCAGCCUGGGGGUUCCCUGCUGUGAUUGUCAUUGCGGUGCUCGUUAUAAAUCCUGGGCAUUACAAUCAGCGAGCGCACAUAUGUUGGCUCGGCAAAGAUAUCUUGCUCUACUCAUUCCUGGUUCCUGUGGCCACCAUUUUGUUCGCCAACUGCGUUGUGUUCGGCGUUGUCAUCUUCAGCAUCUACUGCCGGCGGCACAAGGGACUUCGGAGUAGCCAGAGCCAGGCCGCGCUCGCCAAGGCCCAACUGAGGGCAACCAUCUGCAUUGUGUUCCUUCUGGGACUCACCUGGAUCUUUGCCUAUCUGAGUCUUCUCGAAGAAGCAUCCCGAAGUUGGGGUCGACUCUUCGAGUACCUCUUCGUAGCGUCCAGCUCCUUGCAGGGAUUCGUCAUAUUCCUCUUCCACGUCGCGUAUGAGAAGACAGCGCGGGAAUUUUGGCUUGGCAACCUGGUCUACAAGGUCCUCCCAACUUCCCGCAAACGAAGUUUCGACCAGACCAUGUCCAAGAACACCUUGUCUUCAACGGGACAGAAAACCACGUCCACCUGACUUUAUUCGAACGUCACCCGGGUCAUCUAG